AUCUCCACGUCUCCCCGAUUCCCUCUCAUUUGAUUGGUCUGUCACCCUUCUCUUCCGUCAACGCCCAGUCGCAGUAUCUUCCAUUCAUCCAUCCAGUAUUGUAGACUGACCUGACCUCCGUUCAUCUUCGCUUUCUCCUUUCCAUUCCACACAGCAAACCCUUCGUUUCUCGCCGUCGAUUUGGAAUCCAGACGAUGUCUCUUAGGCGAUCUAACUUCUCCAGAAGAAUCAUCCAUCGCUCCUUCACGCUUUCCAAGUCAUACAAGGAGUACAAGUCACCGGAGCCCCAGUUUUGCAGCGGUGAUGUCGAGGAGGAAGGAGAUAGAGCUGGCCGGCAGGAUUCCGGCAAGUGGGCAGGGAUGCUGCCGGAGCUUCUGGGGGAAAUAAUACAGAGAGUGGAGGUCAGCGAGGAUCAAUGGCCCCAGCGCCAGAACGUGGUCGUUUGCGGCUGCGUCUGCAAGCGAUGGAGGGAGGCUGCGAAGGAUGCUGUGGACAGAGCGUCGCUUCAGCAACCUGGAAAAAUCACGUUUCCCUCUUCUCUGAAAAAGCCAGGGCCGCGGGAUUCCCCUCUUCAGUGCCUCAUAAAGCGUGACAAGAAGAGUUCUACAUUUUACCUAUAUCUUGCUCUCACACCAUCUUUCACGGACAAAGGGAAGUUUCUCCUGGCAGCUCGAAGAUACAGAAUCGGUGCACGAACAGAGUACAUAAUAUCACUGGAUGCUGAUGAUUUGUCCCAAGGAAGUAAAGCCUAUGUUGGAAAAUUGAGGUCGGAUUUCUUGGGCACAAAUUUUACUAUCUACGACAGUCAACCACCACACACGGGAGCAAAGCCAUCCAGCAGCAGAUCCGGACGCCGCAUUGCAACAAAGCAAAUAAGCCCACAAGUUCCGGCAGGCAACUUUGAAAUUGGGCAGGUGUCCUACAAAUUCAAUCUCCUCAAAUCGAGAGGCCCUCGGAGGAUGGUAUGCUCCCUCCAGUGUGCACCCUCCUCUUGCGCCAAAACAAUGAUAUUCGAUAAAAUCCCAGAUGAUGACACCAAAACAAAGGAGGAAUUGGAAUCCUCUGCCCCUCCAUCACACACGAUUCUGAAAAACAAGGCCCCGAGAUGGCACGAGCACUUGGAGUGCUGGUGCUUGAACUUCCAUGGGAGGGUGACAGUGGCGUCGGUGAAGAACUUCCAGCUGGUGGCAACGGUGGACCAGAGCCAGCCAGGCGGGAAGGGCGACGAAGAAACAGUUCUGCUACAGUUUGGGAAGGUGGGAGACGAUAUAUUCACGAUGGAUUUUAGACAGCCUCUUUCGGCAUUUCAGGCGUUUGCCAUUUGCUUGACGAGUUUCGGUACAAAACUGGCGUGCGAGUGAGUGAGUCGAGUGAUUGCAGUAAUGUGCAUUUCUUACAUUGUAAUAUACUGAAUUACUUUUAUUGAAGAAGAAGAAUGUACAGAGUAGCUUGGAUGUUUCUUGUUGA